UUUUCUAUGAAUUUCAACCUCUUUGAAAUUUUACCAGCAACUGUGAUUUAAUCAGUGACUGAUAGAGACAAAUUAUUAACUAGGAGAAAAUGUCAAAUCUGAAAAUGAAAGAAGCAGCACUUAUUUACCUUGACCGAAGUGGAGGUCUCCAAAAAUUUAUAGAUGAUUGCAAGUACUACAAUGAUUCAAAACAAAGUUAUGCUGUCUAUCGAUUCAAUAUUUUGAUAAAUCCCUCUGAUAUUGUUGAAUUAGAUGCUGAACUUGGAAAUCACAUUUUACACCAGCCUUUACAAGCUGUUCAAGUUUUUCAAUCAGUCUGUUUUAUUGCUGUUAAAACUCUCUCAUUAAUUGGACAGUUGCAAACUGAAACCCAAAUUAAUAUAGUGUUGAAGUUAACACAUUUACCUCAUCUGCCAAGUUAUAAUCUUGAUCUGUGUGAAUUUCCACUUGAUUAUUCAUCUCAACGGUUUUAUAUGAUGCAAGGAAUUGUGGUUGCGAUGACAACUGUAACCAAGUAUACACAAGGUGCAAAAUUUCUUUGUUCAGAUGAUGCAUGCCCUCUUUCAAAAGGAUUUCAAUAUAUAAGAGUGCAUGUGCCUGGUGCUACAGAAUCUACAACAGUAAGAAAUGAUUUCUUCUGUAGUCUGUGUGAUUCUUCUCUACUGGAAGACAGAAAAUUCAGAGUACUUGGUGAUAAACAAAUAGUUGAAAUAAUUUCUACUAAGGCACUUCAUGCUUUCCAGCGAUACUCUAACCACCAACCAUUUAGGUUUCAAUGUCUUACAAUUUUCCUUAGAGAUGAAUCAGUGAAUGAAAUGAAUAUAGGACAUGAGUAUAAAAUCAUUGGAAUUCCAACUUGUGUGAAAACCAAACAAACUUCUGUCUGUAUAGAGGCAAAUAGCAUCACUUUAUGCAGUCCAAAAGUUCCUUCCGGAAUUAGUGACAAUUUCAGGUGUCUUCUCUCUUUGACUGCCAGUUCAUGCUGGAAGUUUACAGCAAUACUUGCCAAUAUCUUUGCAUCACAAAUCAUUCCUCCUGGGACUUACAAUUUACUCAAGUUGUGUUUGCUGAUGAGUCUAGUACUGACAAAUGACUGUAACAAGGAACUGCAAAGUUUUCUGGAUAUUUUAAUUAUAACAAGUGAUACUCUACUUAUAGACAGGCUUUUGAAUUUUAGUAUAAACCUUGUGCCCCGUGGCAUAUGUCAUCCAGUCUCUGCUGAAAUGUUCCCUACAGUGGCCAGUAAUAAAUAUGGAACUGGAGCAGGUAGCAUUCAAGCUGGUAGUGCUUUGCUAGCAAAAGGUGGUAUCUGCUUUAUAGGAGAUUUGGCUUCACACAAAAAAGAUAAGCUUGAACAACUUCAAUCAGUUGUGGAAAGCAGAAGUAUCACAGUACACAUCCCAGGAAAGAAGUUUGGGGAUGAUAUUAAUCAGCAAAUGACUUUUCCAGUUCAGUGCAGUUUUUGGUGUUUUGUUGAUAUGGAGUCAUCUUCGAAGAGAAACACACAGAAAAUCAACACUCUAAUUGGCCAGAUGGAUUGCAGUUUGAUUCCAGCUAAUCUUGUAGAGACAUUUGGAUUAUUGAUUAAUUGCAAUGAAUCAUCUCCUUGCUACCCACUUCUUCCAACUAUACAACAUACUUUAAAAAAGGCCAUUGAUCCUGAAGGACUGCUUUAUGUUGCUUCUAAACAGUUUACAAGCGAAGAUUUUGAAAAGCUCCUGGCUUUUGCAAAGAAUUUAAAAGUAGAAUUUAGCGUGGAGGCAGAAAGAAUGAUUCAUGGCUAUUAUCUAGCAAGUCGCAGAAUCAGAACAGAUGCAAUAUGUGGAUCAAAACUGUCAGCAUCUGCUUUAAAAUACUUAGUGUCCCUAUCUGAAGCCCAUGCUCGAUUGAACUUAAGGAAUAAAGUCCUUGAAGAAGAUGUAGUCAUUGCAGCCUUAUUGUUUGAGAUAUCUCUCACACUGAAAUAUGGUGCUGCAGUAUUUUGUGUUGCUCCAAAUGCAGUAUUUCCAUUUGAACAAUAUAAUGAAGACUUUUUAGAACAGAGAGAUAUCUACCUGACUCAAUGCCAGCAACAGCUUCAUCAGUUUAUUGUUACUUAUGGACCUGGGACAGCUACUCUUGCUGGUGAUGAAUAGGAAAUGUGAAACAAAAUUUUUCAUUCCUUUUUAAGCAGUAUGC